AGCUUCGAGGAUGUGGCUGGGAUCGACCAGGCGAAGGAUCAAGUGAUGCAGCUAGUGGAUAUCAUGCAGAAUCCCUCGAGGUAUCGGCGCCUGGGAGCGAGGCAGCCCAAAGGUCUUCUACUCGUGGGCCCUCCAGGAACCGGAAAGACUCUCCUCGCCCGCGUGAUCGCUGCUCGGCUCAAACUUCCUUUCUUCUUCGCUUCCGGCUCGGACUUUGUGGAGAUGUUCGUCGGACGAGGAGCUGCGCGUGUGCGUGAGCUCUUUGCUCGUGCAGAGAAGGCGGCACCUUGCGUCAUUUUCUUGGACGAGCUUGACGCGCUGGGCAAGAGCCGAGGGUCGGGAAUGCAGAUUGUUCGCAACGACGAAGGAGAGCAGACGUUGAACCAGCUGCUGGCCUGCAUGGAUGGCAUCGAUACCCAGGGCAACGGUAUCGUCAUCAUCGCAGCUACGAAUAGAUACGACAUCCUCGACGAUGCCCUAACACGACCAGGUCGUUUUGAUCGAGUUGUUCGGGUUCCCCUCCCUGACAAGGAAGGGAGAGAAAAGGUCCUCCGGGUGCACGCCAAGACAACUCGCCUUUCUUCCUCUGUCAACUUGGCUCGCAUCGCUGAGAACACGGAAGGCUUCUCGCCCGCCGAGCUCUCCUCAAUCAUCAACGAAGCCGCUAUCAUGGCAGCCACCAAGAAUGCUGAGUCGGUCACGCAGGCGGACCUUGAGGAGGCACUUCGCUCCUACAAGGUGUCUCGAGGAAAGGCAGGGCUGUUUGGUCUUGGGAAAUGAAAUGUUGAUGAGAGGAGCGCAUGAAUAAAAUGCAGGAUAUGAAGGUUUUGUAAUGAAGAAUACGUGUUGUCGUCUCUG